AUGACGUCGCUUCCGUACAAAACCGCCGCCGAGCAGAUGGACGUCGCGGAUAUCCCGAUGGCUGAUUUCCAGACUCCUCGUCAGCAUGCCGCUAGCACCGAAUCGCUCAACGGUCCACCGCCCGCUCAUUUCCUCCAUCACCACCGCAUGGACGACCCGAUCUAUUACGAGGGUCCCGAUGCUGGCAAUCAAGUGGGCUACGACCAGCUUGGUCACCGCCACGACAACAACAUCCGGAACGAUAACGCAAGUCCCAGUGGCAGCGGAAGCAACGGCGACUCUUCCAACACUACCAAGAACGGCUGGGAUACCAAUCAGGACACGCUCAUCGAUCGUUCCAACCGCCCCAUCAAGAUCGGCCUCCCCACCCAUCACGAUGUCUUCGAGCCACCGCAUGCUCCCUUUGCGAGCCAAGACGCUCUCAACGGUCGAACAAGCCGCGCCAGCUCGAUCGCCAGUUCCGCCGAUGAAUCCGAGGAUUUUGACUGGGACACCUCCAGCGAAAACGGCGACGACGAUGACGAAGGUGCCAACAACCGCGGUCGCAAGGGGACCAAGAAGGUCACGCGGGCGAGACGUGGUCGAAGACUCUACCUCGCUUGCUUGCGUCUUGCCCGCCCCGUCCGCAUCUUUCUUGCUGGCUUGAUCGGCACCGCCAUCUGCCUUGUCCCCUUCAUUGUCGUCACAGCCACCAGCAACACUUCGCCUGCCCGCACCCAGGUCGUUGUCUGGAGCAUCUGGAUCGCCAUCAUCUGGGCCGCCAGCUGCGGGACUUUCCUCAUCGUCGACUGGAUCCCACCUGUUGCUCUUCGGCUUGUCAUUGCCGUCUAUGGCAAGGCCCCCGAAGUCGUCAAAACGUAUAUUGAAGCGUUCAUGGCCACCACGCUCUAUGUCAAACUUGUCCUCUGCAUCACCUGGGCCUGGAUCAGUCUCGGAGGUGUUUUGGCUAUUCAGUACUCAUCCACCUCUCGACCGGACUACUGGCGUACCAUCUUCAAAGUCAUCCGUUCGCUUUUCGCCACUAGUAUCAUCUUGCUCGUCGAGAAGGUUGCCCUCCAAUUUGUUGCCAUCAACUUCCACAAGACCGCCGUCAAGGAUCGUCUCGAGCAGAACCAAAGAGCGCUCAAGGCGCUCGACAAGCUUCACGAAUCCAAGUACCUCAUGCAGAAGCGUCGCUUCAACCCGAUGCGAAGUCGUCCCGCGUCGCCUGGCUACAAGCAGGCAUACGGCCAGCACGCCGCCAAGCAGUCCCGCGACGGUCUUGGAGGCUACUUUGCACCUGCACAGCAGGCGGAUGCUCAUGUGCAGUCUCAAGUCGGCGAGAAGAGCGCUACCGAGCACCAUCACCACCACCUGCACAUGCAAAUGCAUCGCAAUGACGGCAUUCGCACGCCCACAGAGCGCGAGACGCAAAAGCGCGAACGCAAGACCAACGUCGCUUCCCAGAUCAGCGAUGCCAUCGCCAUGGCCACCAUGAAGGGCAGCAAGUUCUACAAGGGAAGCCAGAUUGGUUCGCAGCGCUCCGCACGCAAGCUCGCCAAGCUGCUCUUCAACAAUCUUUCGGAUCACAAAUCGACGCUCGUUGCUGAAGACUUUGUACCGUAUUUCAAGACCGAGGAAGAGGCGCGCGAGGCGUUCAACCUGUUUGAUGCCGAUCGCAACGGCGAUAUCAGCAAGGAAGAGAUGCGCGAGGCGGUGCAGCGCAUCUACCGCGAGAGGCGCGCGCUCUCGACGUCGCUCAAGGACAUGUCGUCGGCCAUCUCCAAGCUCGACGGCGUGCUCAUGUUUAUCGGCCUGAUCAUCGUCAUCUUCAUCUGGAUGCUCAUCUUCAACGGCGACUCGACGGUGUCCAACAUUGUGCCGCUGUCGACCUUUGUGGUUGGAUUCUCGUUCAUCUUCGGCAACUCGGCCAAGAACAUCUUUGAGAGCAUGAUUUUCAUCUUUGCCACUCAUCCGUACGACGUUGGUGAUCUGGUGUGCAUCGACGAGGAGUGGAUGUUUGUCAAGGAGUUUGGGCUGUUGUCGACGACGUUCCGCACCACGGUGAAUGCCGAGAUUGUGGCGCCGAAUGCCAUGUUGGCCACGCAGAAGUACAUCUACAACUCGCGCCGCAGCGGCGCACAGUGGGAGUUUACGCUGAUCCAGGUUGGCUUCGAGACAUCGUUGGAGACGUUGGAUCAGCUGCGCACCAAGUUGCGCGCAUGGACCAAGGAGAACGAUCGCGACUUUGGCGGUCCGCUGGAUGUCAACUUCAACUCGAUCACGCAGCAGAAUGCGAUCGAGCUCAUUGUGGCUUUUGAGCACAAGGGCAACUGGCAGGACUGGGGCGCGCGCUGGGAGCGCAGGACCAAGCUGAUGAAGCGCAUCAAGUCGGCGUGUGAGGAGCUUGGCAUAGUCUACUCUAUGCCUCCGCAGCCGAUUACGUUCCAGCCGAGGUCUGGACCGGCGCCGUUCAAGCUGGGCAACUCGACCGGGUUCUCGCGCCAGCAGCAAAGGCAACAGCAACAGCAGCAGCAGCAGCAGCACCAGACGUCGGCGUUCUAA